UGCGAGCGUCUCUAGGUGAUUUAGCGCCGCCAGUCUGAAGCAGGUGUUCAACAUGGCGAUCUCGGGACUCGGAUCUCACUCUAUUUCACUCUUUUUCUACGUGAUUUUCGCAACGUUUCUGCAUAAAGCGCAGGGUCAGAACCUGGUGACAAAUAAUGUCUCGGUGGUCGAGGGCGAGACAGCCAUCAUCAGCUGCCGGGUGAAAAACAACGACGACUCCGUCAUCCAGCUGCUCAACCCCAACCGACAGACCAUCUACUUCAGAGACGUUAGACCCUUGAAGGACAGUCGGUUUCAGCUGGUUAACUUCUCAGACAACGAGCUGCUGGUGUCGUUGUCCAACGUGUCACUCUCGGACGAGGGACGGUACGUGUGCCAGCUCUACACGGAUCCCCCGCAAGAAGCCUACGCAGACAUCACUGUGCUGGUUCCACCAGGCAACCCAAUCUUAGAGUCCCGCGAGGAAAUCGUGAGCGAGGGGAAUGAGACCGAGAUAACCUGCACCGCCAUGGGCAGCAAGCCUGCUUCCACCAUCAAAUGGAUAAAAGGAGACCAACCACUGCAAGGUGAGGCGACUGUUGAGGAGUUAUACGACAGGAUGUUCACUGUCACCAGCCGGCUCAGGCUCACCGUCUCUAAGGAGGACGAUGGAGUGGCCGUCAUCUGCAUCAUUGACCACCCAGCCGUGAAGGACUUCCAGGCCCAGAAAUACCUGGAAGUGCAGUAUAAACCAGAAGUGCAGAUUGUGGUGGAAUUCCCUGAGGGUUUGACCAGAGAAGGGGAAAAUCUCGAGCUGACAUGCAAAGCUAAAGGAAAACCGCAGCCUCAUCAAAUUAACUGGCUCAAAGUGGAUGAUGAUUUCCCCUCCCACGCCGUGAUUACUGGCUCUGAUCUCUUCAUCGAAAACCUUAACAAGUCCUACAACGGAACGUACCGCUGUGUGGCAUCUAACUUAGUGGGAGAAGCCUAUGAUGAUUACAUUCUUUAUGUAUAUGAUGUUCUCACCACAACCCCCCCACCCACCACUACCACCAUCAACGCUUUCCAAGAUUCAAGAGCAGAUGGAGCGCCACAGAAAAUCGAUCACGCCGUCAUCGGCGGCAUUGUCGCGGUGGUUGUGUUCGCCAUGCUUUGUCUCCUGAUUGUUCUCGGACGAUAUUUUGCAAGACACAAAGGUACCUACUUUACCCAUGAAGCCAAAGGAGCGGACGAUGCUGCAGAUGCAGACACUGCCAUCAUCAACGCAGAGGGGGGACACAACAAUUCGGAUGACAAGAAGGAGUACUACAUUUAACUCUGACUAGACCUGCUAGCUUCCUGUGCUGAACAGCAAACUGUGGACUGCUGGGUUGGGAGGUAGGGGUUGUGGGUUUCAAUCAGGCUGGAUUCACACCUGUGCAGCUGAAAACACGGUGAGGAGAAGGUGCUGCCAUCGAGACGGACGGGGUGUGGGAUGGCAGAGCACUAGGAGAGCUCAAUUUUAGGCCGCUUCACCAUCCAACACCUCCUGCUGGGGCCGGUUUUGUUCAGUUUAAACAUUUGCUAAGAAUUUCGUGCCUUGUUCUGUUCUUACUGAAGUUCCCACUUUCAUCAGGACACCCACAAGCCACUGUCUCUCGAACGGUCUGAACCCACGGUUAUUUUGUUUUCGUUUCAUUUCAGUUUUAAUUGCCAGCACUCUCUCACGCCGUUCUGUCUGCAGGUCUGAAAGAAAGCCACACACAAAGUUUCGAUGUAAGAUUCAGUCACAGAACGAUCGCUUGGGUUGUUUUCAUGGAUUGAUUCCAAGUAAUUUAUUUGGCAAAUUGCCCGUUGCUCUCCUUAGUCCCUUAGAGAAGAUAGAAACCUCUUUUGUUGUGACCAACAACAUUCAGCAGCAGUAUUGCGUUGUUGCGUUAUUUAUUAGAUAUACUGUAUGUGAUUAUAAUCAGCUUGUGUUGAUAUUAGGGCUG